AUGGCUGCAGCAGCUGCUUCUCGUACCCCAGGCGACCAAGCCCUGUUCCCCACGCUACCCAGCGAGCUUAUUUGCAACAUCCUAGAGCUGCUCGACCCGCCCGACCUCGCCAAAUUCGCCCUGACCUGCCGCUGGGGCUAUGAUCAGGCUAUACCGCAGCUAUGGAAGGACCUCGAGUUGAAGGACUGCUGGACGCUGCAUCCUAGGAACACGCGGUUACAGCUCGCCAGUCUGAGAUGUGAGACCGAAGACUCGGACGAACACGAUGAUACCCCGAUAGUAAAGAAGCUGCUGGUCAUCGCCCAGGUUAACCUGCGCAGGAACCCCUUUGUUGCAUCAAAGGUCCAGACGGUCCUGCACCGCUGCCAUUUGCCCACGCCUAAUAUCUUCACCGAACUACCGCAUAUAUCCUUCGAGGCGCCAGCGUUGUCCCGAGACGUGCGUACCCAGAAACUGCUACGAAUGGCCAUAUGGAACAUGACCAACGUACAUACCUUACGCAUUAUAUUUGGCCAUUACCACCUGACCUAUGGUCUGCUUUAUGGCUUCCUCCACCCGCAGCGCCCGCGCGAGGUCCCGCUUAGGAAACUCUGGCUCGAAAGCUGCUCGCUCGCGUGCCCGGUACCUGGCCCUGCUGGCAUGAUCUUUCCCGACUUGUCGGGCCUCGAGUCCAUAAGACUAAGAAGGCUGUCGUACCUCGACCAUACUUUCACUCCAAUGAGGUCGGCACUUGCACGCGGCAAAGCUGAGAUACCCGGCCUUCAGACGACCUCGCAACAGCUUUAUAAUGGCAUUGGAGGCGAGUAUAAGACAACCCUUACAGAAGGUUGGUUUUACGAGAAACCGAUAUGGCAGGAACUGGUCGAUUCCGAAGAUGCAUGCCGGUUCGAUGAUAUAAUUUACGAUAGUAUCCCUGGGGCGGAAAGAGCUAUAUACAAGGUCUCACAUGAAGACAGUCCCCCCAUGCCCCCUUCCGAGAAAGCUCUGCCGUCGUUUUUCCUGAGCAUUCUGCUCCGUAAUUCGUCGUUUACACUUGCAUCGCUCAACCUGGAUUGGCUUCUUACGUGGACCGGCCGAACUGAGGCUAUGGCUCCGGAAAUCUACCAGAUACUGCGCUUUCUGAGCGUCUCCCGCUUCCCUAACCUCCGAGCUUUCCAGCUGCGCAAUGCUGCCACCACCGAAUAUACCAAGGUCCCCGAAGACGUCUACUUGCUUGAUGAGGCUGAAUCGGAGGGUUCAGAUGACGAGCGUCGUCCCGUCAAGUUUUUGAGCUUCAUGGAAGCUCAUCCGAACCUUCAGUGCCUUGCCUGGCCCAUGUGUCGAUUUUUCAGUCAUAGCAAGCCGCAUCCCGACGUUGCUGCGAGGGCCGACCGCGUAGUUGCGAACCUCUCCCGUACGUUGACAGAGCUACGAGUCGACUCGCAGUUCUCUCGGCACGUCGAGAAGAGGACGGACGAGUCCUCUCACGGCGAGGCGCUGAACUUGCGCACCCGGCGCCGCCGCUUCAUCAGCGAGUUCGCGGCGCGCAUGACCAGGCUCGAAAUCAUCAAGAUGGAGGGCGGAAUCCCGCUGGACGAGAAGCGCGAGACGGUGCGCGCGCUGCACCGAUGCCAGCUCAAGAAGGUCGUCAUGAUCGGCGUCUCGUGCCCCAUCGGCAACACCUGGGGCAACCAGAACGACUUCCACACGUGGCCGCUGUGGAUGCAGCAGGGCUGGACGCUGGAGAAUGAGGACCUCGCCGCGCUGACAAGCACGUCCAAGUCGGCGCUCACGCCUCCCGGCCCGGACUUUGUCUUCACGCCGCAGUACGGCUGGCCGGCCUCGUCGGUCAUGACGCACACGCUGGCGUCGCUGCACGCGCCCAGCAUCACGGAGCUCAAGUUCUGCGGCUACAACGGCGCGCCGAUAAUUUUCGCGCCGACGGGGCUGGCCGACGCGCUGCUCCGCCCGCUGCGCCAUUUCGAUAACCUAAAGGAGCUCGUCCUCAGCAUGUGGAUGCUGACGUUCUUUGACGGCUCCGACCGCGACCAGGAACCGUCGUCGACUGCGCUGGCGCUGCUGGACCUCCCCGACCCGGAUUUGCCGGAGGAAACGAACACGGAUGCUGACGGCUUCUACUCCUCGUCUUCCUCGUCCGCGGCCUCUGACGACGGGGCCGCGCCUGUGCAAACGCAAACGCAAACGCAAACGCAAGCGCACGCGCCCCUCCUCCACAACCACCAGCACCAUCACCACCACCAGCACAACCAACACAACGCACCCCCACCCCCCGCCCACCUCAUAAGCAUAACAGGCGACCCACUCAACGGCCCGGAGCCCGUCCUCGCACUCGCGCCACUAUCCUGGCCUCAACGCCUAGAAGCGCAUUUCCGGCCCCAGGCGCUCGCGGCCCAGGUGGUGCGGCAGGUGGGGCCGCAUUUGUCGGAGGUGGCGAAAGGAAGGGUAGGCGGCGUUAGGGUUCGCGCGAGUUUUUGCCUUAAUGGCGAUAUUUUUGAUUUGGAUGUUAGGGUUGGGAAGGAGGUGGUGGGACCUUGCGAGGAGGGGGAACGGGAGAGGUGGUGGGGGAAGUUGAGGGGGAGGCGGUGGUUUUAGUGCGCUGCUUUUCUUUGGUUUUUGGUUUGGUUCGUUUGGGAUGGGGUAGGUGGGGUGGAGUUAGGUGGGAGUUGCGGCGUAUAUAGAGUGGUGUGUGAAGGGGCGUGAUGUUUUGAUACCUAGGUAAGGUACCUGCCUAUCUACUACGUACAGCUGCGGGUUGCACGCUUGGCUAGGCUGGGGGAUAGCUAUAUAGUACAGUUUAAACAAAAUAAAUAAAACAAAACAAAACAAAUAAAC